CAUACACAAUGCGGGAGAUGAAGCAGAUAGUGGAAUAUUUGACAGAACAUAAUGCUUAUUCUGAGAUCAGAGGUCGUAAAAUGUGGGUUGAGUUUGCAAAUUCACAGUCUCUGGACCGCACAUGGCAAAGUCUAAAGGAGACAUUUAUGAAGCGAAUUCUCCCAGAUAUACAUAAUCCUUACUAUAGGUUGACUGUGGAGCAAAUAUCCAGUUUCCGACAAGGACAUAAUGUAUCGUCCAAAAACAAACUGGAAGUUCAUACAAUUACUGAUUCCAGUAGUAAUGUAGAAAACAACAAAGACAAAGAUCAGCCUAGUACAAGUAAAAACCAUGAAGAAAUUGACACAGGUGAGAGUAUAAAAUGUUCCAGAAUUGAAGAAUUAACUAGAUCUUCUACUGAUACUCUUGUACUUGAAAAUUGCUGUCAAAAUGCCGAAGAUACUAAGAGUGAUCAGUUAUCUCCAAAUAACGCUAAUGAUGAUGUAGCGAUGAAAUCUCUUAGGGAUUGCAUAAUUUAUACGGAGCCUCUUACUCCAAUGUUGCAAGAAGUUUUACAUGAUUUCGACACUGAUGAAGACGAUGAACCUAAAUUACAAAUUGUUGAGGACAACCUACAUAAAAAUGGCACAGGAACGCGCAAAAGCGAUUCUCCGGAUAUGCGCCUGUCUAAAAGCUAUGACAAACAGUCACCUAAAAAAGUUGCUGAAAAUGCAGAGAAUAAACAAAUGAACGGAAAAGUUGAGUUCCAGAAACCAACAGAACUUUCAAAAAUUAAGUCAUUGAAGCUUAAAAAAACUCAGAUGGGCAUUUGGGAAAAUAAAGAUCCAGUUUGUAUCAACAACUCUGAAACUAAAGAAAAGGAUGUUGAGACAAACAAUAAUAUUUCUACAGAAAAUUCGGAAAAUGCAAAUGCAACGAAACGUGAUUCCGAAAAUUCAGAGAAAACAACACAACGCAGCUCUACUUCUACAGUCGAUACACAACUUCCGAACAAUCAAGAGGGUCUUCUUUAUCAAGAAGCUCAUGAUAAACGAAAAUCUAUUAAUGAUAUUUCAGUACCUGAGGCGGAAGAUAAAGAACAUAAGAAAAAGUAUCGUAAAAGGGAACAUUCUCAAACAAGCACAGAGUCCAAAAAGAAACUUAAAAAAAAUAAAAAGAAAGAAUCAUCUACUACAACUAAUUAUAAUGAUCAAGCUGUAUCCAGUGAACUUAAUAGUAAUGAAGUACAAAUUAAUGAUGAAAAUCAUGAAGUAGUUCUAAAAAGUAUUGUCAAUGAAGAAUCCAACUGCAAGUCAGAUGCUGUGUCUGAAGACAUAAAAGACAAAUGUGAAACUAGAUCUUCUAUAAUUAGUACAGCACCAAUCCCUAAGAUUUCUCCUGCUGAAAUAAACCCAUGUCUCAAAAGUGUCAGUUUAUUUGCUGAGCAAUUUUCUACAUCAAAAUACAGUGAUUCUGACAAUAACAAUCAAAGUAAAGUAAAAGAACUGGCUGCCACUGUAUGUCAAGGGGUUGAAGAGCAUAAAAACAAAAAUAAUGUAAAUAACGCAUCUAAUUCUCAGAAAGAGAAGAGUACGUUAAAAGCGGACAAUGCAAGUAAUUGUGAAGACGUAGUAGUACUGAAAUCGAAUUCCGAAUCUGAUUCUGUAUCUCUACCUGCAAAAUCUAGUUGUUCAUCAGUGAAUAAAUCAAGGGAAAAAGUAUUAGCGAAUUUGUUCGGAUUUUCAAGUGCUCGAGGGUCGGGUGUGAGGAGUAGAGGAUUCCGCGAAAAAUUAAAACUCAACCGGUACACGCAACGUCGGCGGACUAUCUCCAAAAACACACCAAGUCGUACCGUCAAACUGGCUGCCAGCGAUGAGUACACGACGACUGAGAGCGACACCGAGUCUUCACGUUCGCGAAAUCGCAAAAACAAACUUUUCAAUAAAUAUGCGUAAGUUGAGA